CAAAAAUUUGUGCAUCUUUAUUUACGCCCGAGCCAGAAUCAGUGAUUUGCGCAAAAAUUAGAGACUGGCGCGACGUACGCGGAAGAGGACGAAACUGAAGAGAGACGAGAGACGUCAAGGGAGACAAGCGGAGCGUUUGAAGCGGUACGUACUUCGUCACGGUAACGUGUGUACCGUGCGUCGUCAUAAAUGCAAUCGUUCAAGAGGGACCGAGACAGAAGACGAAGAAAGACAGCAAAGAAGAGGAGAUCGAGAGAAAGAGACGAGAAGAGAGCUUCGUCGUCGGCAAUAAGUGCGCCGUGCGAGACCUUGACGGCCCGAAGAGUGUUACCAUUUUCGCGGGUCGUAGUAGCGGAUUGACGCAGGUGUGGACGGACUGCACGGUGCCGUAGGCUACGCAGGGAACGCGAAUACAUAACACCGGGGUGGGGCACAAAAGGGUGCGGGCUUUUACGCGGAAAAAAAGUCGAGGGUGCGGAGUUCGAUUGAAAGAAUAAACCCUAAAUUCGUGACUCGCCUGUGAAUCGUCGUAAAAAUUCAUUGACCUUUUGAAAUUUCUUGCGAUGGACACUUGAAUAAAUAAAUGCCCAUUUGCACGAUCAUGAUAUUUAAUGUCAGAUUUUAUGUCCGUUAAUUAAAUUAUUUCCUAGAACAGUAUCUUAUUUUUCAACGCGACUCUGUGAGAGUGACUUUUCAAUGAAUAUAGCAUUGACAAUGAUCUUCUGUGGAUGGUCCAGAAAUAUACGCACCACUUAACAAGGGCAGGAAUCGGUGUGCAUCCACUACCGGCGCAGAGAACAAGGGCGACCUUGGCCUUAUGAACUUAUAUAACGAGGAAGCGACCGAUUCGCGAGCUCAGUCGUUUCGACGCGACGUGCGCACCGAUUGCGAUCUGUCGGUGCGUAUUUCUGGACACCGUUCUCUCUCAUCGAUCCUUACAUCAAUUUCCGCAUAUUGAUGAUUGCUAUUCGCACGACACGUCGAAGCGUCCUUCGCUAACGCUAUUAGAACAUUUUCCACGCCAACGUAAAAUGCAUCACUAAAACAUUUUCCGAGUUUUUGCUCGAGAGCGAGAUAUCUAGUGCUUUCUCAUUUUUCUGCCUUUCGUCGCGAGAGUAAUUAUCGCGUCGGAAACUUCUACUAGAACUUUGCAGACGAUGCGAUCGACACCAUGCAACGUGGAAAUCGCAUGAUCGCAAAAAUAUAGAUGCCAUUAAAGGAGCGCGCGCGCACCGCUUCGACUGAUCGAGACCGCCGGGCGCAGUGGGGGAUCGUCGCCGCGGAAAAUCAACGUCUCUUCUUGGCAGAAACGAAGGCAAUCCGUAGGUGGCAACGACGGCGGUACGACAGAUCGCGCGGUUUUUCCGCUUUUUUGACAGAUGCGAGCGUCAGUGCCGCGCGACGCGUCGCAGUGUCCAUUCGAGUGAGGAAAUCGGUGUUGUUUACAACAGAAUUCGCCCGUGUGCGGGCUGAAAAGAUUCCGACGACGAGCUACGAAGCGAGUAGGCGAGGUUACGCAAUACCGAUACGAGUUUCCAGGUGACCUACUGACAUCGUGAUCACAAGGAAGGAUGGUCAAUUCGAUAUUACUGCUUUGGGCGUUGGUCGGCCUAAUUGGCCGAGUGCACGGCAAAUGUAGCUUAGCGCCGAUCGCCGACAACGAGCGGUCGAUCGCUUACGCGUGCAUCCACAGCGACCUGAGCGACCUCGACGAACUGUCCAGCGAGACCGAAUGGAUCGAAUUCUCGGUGUCGCGUUUCAAUACGAUUCCCAACGACGCGUUUCGCCGAUUUCCGAAUCUCCGUCGCCUGUCUUUCUACAAUUGUCACGUGAAUAACAUCGAACCCGCCGCGUUUCGCGGCCUAAAUCGAUUGGAUUGGCUGAUGCUUCACGGCACGCGGAUCCACGUCGCGAGGACCGCGUGGUUCCGCCAGCUGCCGAAUCUCAGACGAUUAAUUCUAGACAGGUGCGGUUUAGUGUAUGUCGAACCCGAAGUUUUUCGCAUGUUACCACGACUACAGACACUGGAUUUGCGCGAUAAUGACCUCGAUUGUCUAUCAGUGGACGAGCUGUCGCAUCUGAGGAUGCUGAAUACUAUACGCAUCGACGGCAACCCGUGGUUAUGCGACUGCCGGCUAAGAAUGGAGAAGUUCUUCCGCGAGAAAUCGAUCGUUCAGGAAGCAGAGUGCAAGAUUCGACCGGGGGUAUGCGUGUUGCAUCGAAAUCAAUGCAUGACACAAAUUGAUAUCCCGCUACCACCCCCGAUAAUAACCAUCGAACAGAUAAGGAACCAUAUGGAGCGUCCCGGCAAUCGCUUCCAGACGAGCGCGCUGACGUCGUUGGACCGCCUACCUGACAAGACCACAUGGAUCGAGAUCACAGGGUUGCGUAUCGAUCGCGUGCCCGCGUACGCGUUUUUCCGUUUUGGCAACAGCCUGCGCAGCUUGGAGCUGCGCGAUUGUUCGAUCGGCGCGAUCGAGCCGGGCGCGUUCGCCGGUCUGCACCAGCUACAACGUCUCACGCUCGUCGGCAAUCAGCUGCCCGCUGUAGCUGCACAUUGGUUCGACGAUCUCACGAUGCUGCGCCAAUUGGUACUCGCGCGCAACGGCAUAGAGCGAAUCGAGCCCGGUGCACUGCAUCCACUUUCCGACAGCCUGCGCCAUCUUGAUGUUCGUUACAAUCGACUGCGGUGCCUACCGUUGGCUCAACUGGCGUUUCUGAGACGCCUCGAGCGAAUCGACGUUGUCGGUAACCCGUGGAGCUGCGACUGCCGCGAGAAUCUACAGAGGAUGCUGACGGAGCAUAAUGUAGGAUUCGAGAUUACCGACCGAUGCUAUGAAGAGAACGAAGUUAUCGAACCGAUCGAGCAGCACCCAAUUACCGAAGUGACUUCAGUUAAUGGCCAUGUGCACUGGACUUCUUUCGAGGAAACUCUGAACGAGAGAAAUAUCACUGUGAUAAGACCGACUAUUACGGUUCAUACAGAAAGACCACCGAUUCACAGGGGUACCUGCGUACAGGACAGGACCGACCAUUCGCGGCAAGUGUUCAUCUGCAGUGGCAUCACUUCGCUAAGAGAACUAAAUGUCGUGCCUCACACAGCCCACACCAUUCGCAUCAUCCUCUCGAACUUGAAGACGAUCCCGACGCAAGCAUUUUCCCGCUUUGAUGGCUGGCUGUCCAGACUGGAAUUACGUGGUUGUAGCAUUGAGACAAUCGAGUAUCGUGCCUUUGCUGACUUGUACAAUCUGCAGUAUCUGUCGCUCCACAGCAACCAACUGGAAUCGAUCACAUCUGAGACAUUGGAAGGCCUGGGAAAUCUGCGGCAUCUGGAUCUUUCACGCAAUCAUAUCAACCGAAUCACCAAUAAUGCAUUCGACAUAUUACCGUGGCUGCACAGCCUUGACAUCUCCGACAAUUAUAUGAACUGCUUGAGUGUAGAAAAUAUAGCGUACAAACUGCAGUAUUUGCGUUCUCUCCAGGUGUCAGGCAAUCCAUGGAGUUGCUUGUGCGGUUCCAAGCUGGCCAGCUUCUUGGAUUCUCGUAGGAUACCAUACAAUCGCGCAGCUCUGAUCAAUGUGAACAACGACUGUUACAUCACCACGUCCGUGACUUCAUCCACAACGGCGGUAGGCACUCCGGGGACGACCACGACCACAACUGAGCCGCCUUCGAUAAGAAUUCACAACGAAACGAUCCAAGGUUCCUGCACCGUUCAAGAGGAAUCCGCAGGACCGCGAUACCGUUGCAUCGGUGGCAAUCUGCCAUUGCUGAAGAGUAUAUCAUACAAUGCUGUUUCUAUCGAGUUUUACGAGGGACAUCUACCUCAUCUUCCGGCCGGCUCUCUCUACCGUUUUCCGAAACUGCAGGAGCUCAUCAUCAGGAAUAGCGGUCUGAGGACGAUCGAGGCCGGCGCUUUCCGCGGCCUCGACUCUCUGGAGCGUCUCACCAUCCAGGAUAAUCCGUUGACGUCAAUCGAGGCAGAUUGGUUCAACAUACAGCGUCUUGAGCGGCUGGAUCUGCGCGGUAACUCGAUACGCUACAUCGCACCGGGCGCCUUCCGUCACCUGCGCAAACUUGUCUAUCUGAAUCUCGAGGGCAACGAUCUUGCGUGCAUUUUCAGCAGCGAUUUGCAGGACAUGCCGGAUCUACAUAUCGUCGAAUUUGCCGGUAAUCCACUCAAGUGGCGCUGCCGCAUGGACCUGGAGCAGUUCCUGGAGACACGGAAGAUUAAGUUUAUCAGGGUGGAGAACUCGUGUGAGGGCAAAAAGAUCAUGAGGAAUCUUCUGUAUGAGAAUCGGACCGCUGAGCCACUGGAAUGUCCGGCCGGCUGCUCAACAGCGACUAAAAUUGAGCAGGGAAAAAGUUUAUUAUUUAUUACAUUUACAUUGCUCUUUGCAAUAAUACAAAGGCCUUAAAUAUUUUCUAUGUAAAAGUUAAAAUUUCUAAAAUUUACAUUUGAUUUUAUUAUACAUAGAUUUUGAGGACUGAGAGUCACUCGUUGAAUAUUGAACAGUAAUAUUUUAGUGAAACAUAUGCAGAUGGAAUAAGUUGUUGAUUGAUAAAAUCAUGAAAGGAAAGCCAUCUUUGCAAGGAAUUAGAUGAAGUUAGAUUUGGUAUUGUUAAUGUUGUCAUUCAAUGUGUUCAUACUUAAAACGCUUAAGCUAAUAAAUAUAUAUAUUUAUUUUUGCGAAUGCAUAUAUAUUUUUUAACUUAAUUUCUUUAGAAUCCUUUUAAUAUUUGUAUGUAAGAUAACAUUUCCUGAUCUCUAGUUAUUUUAUUAGAAUGCUUAGAUCUUUAGUAAUUGAUCGUCGCGCAGUACAAUAUUAAUUGCAGACAUCUUUUUGCAAUUAUCAAACGCAUCAGGAUAAGAAUAUAAUCUGAAGUAUUGAUGAAAAGUUGUGUACUAUUGCAGAAAGGGACCAUCGAUAAAUAACUAUCUUUGAUAACUGCAAAAAAGAAAAAUUAUAUUCAACAUUAUAAUUAAAUUUACAUUCUUUAAAUAUAUAUAUACAAUGCAUAUAUAAUACGUGCCAUAAAAAAUAUGUAUUAGUGCGACGCUAAAGUACUUUUUACUUGUGUUCAUUUUAAUAUAAAAAGAA